UUUAUAUUUCUUGUAGGAAGAAAGAAACAGAAGCUUGCCAAGGAGAGAGCUGGACUUUCCAAGUUACCUGAUCUUAAAGAUGCAGAAGCUGUUCAGAAAUUCUUCCUUGAAGAAAUACAGCUUGGUGAAGAGUUACUAGCUCAAGGUGAGUAUGAAAAGGGUGUGGACCAUCUGACAAAUGCCAUCGCUGUGUGUGGACAGCCGCAGCAGUUACUUCAAGUGUUACAGCAGACCCUGCCACCGCCAGUGUUCCAGAUGCUUCUGACUAAGCUUCCAACAAUCAGUCAGAGAAUUGUAAGUGCUCAGAGCUUGGCUGAAGAUGAUGUGGAAUGAGAAACAAAUGUCAACACAAUGAAAUUUCAGUUGAAAAUAUUUUUAAAAUUCUUAACUCGGAAGUUGAGCAGCUCUGGGGGAGUUGGGGCAAAUAUGCUUGUUAUGGACUGUCCUACACUGAAAUCUACGAAAGUUAAUGUCUACUUUGUGUAGAUUCGUUUGUCUGUUUUAUUUAUUUUUCCCAGUAAAAAGUGUAUUUUGAUAGAGAGCAUUUCAUUUUAUAAAUACACUAUGAGUUACUGAAAUAUCAUGGCUUUCGUUUAUUCCUGGAACAUGUAAUUGAAAUGCAGAAAUAACAUUAGUUAUGGUAAAAAUACUCAGUGCUCAGUUUUGAAAGAUAGGCAAAAAAGUGUAGGAGAAAGCUGAAGAAUGCACAUUUUUAAGCUAGUACAUUUUGCUAUAACUCAGAAAAUUGGGUAGAAACUUUUGUAUUUGUGAAAACUGAGCAUUAAGAUCUUUUCACAAUAAUUUCUUUCCACUUAAUCUCUUAAACGUGAAUACGUGAGGUGAGCUGCUGUGCUGCUUUAACAACUUCACCCCCUCCCUAUGGGUCAGUCUUGAAAUGUUUUGUUUAAAUCAGUGGGCUUCGUGUGUUCUGCAUAUUUAUCUCCUUGCAUUUUAAAUAUAUGUAGUUGCAAACAGCACCAGGAAUCAGAUCUAUGUGUACACCCCUAGUCUGGCGCUGUGAAUUUGCCAGUUCUGUCCGCUCACUUUCCUCACUUACGCAAUGAGGGAAUGGGGCUGCUGAUCUCUGAAGUGUCCCUUUCAGCUUCUAAUUCAUUUGGUCCUGUUCAGCAUCUGCAAAUCUACCUUCGCUUGAGGAGUGUAUUUAGGCAACCGGCCUUUGCAUUUUCAUACAUUCUGAAUUUUGCAUGCUUGCCUGACUUAGUAUUUCCAAGUUGAUCUUUUUUAUUAAUGGUAUAACUAUCUUGUUAAUCUUCACUGAAAUUAUAUUGUUCUGUUGCUCUGUAAAUUAAUCUGAAACUCUUUUAAGGUAACUGGGAUGGUCCACUUGUAAAAAUGUUUGUUCCCUUUUGCUUUUAUCUCCAAUGUACCUCCUUAAUCCUGCUUCUACUUGGUUAACUUACCUUGUUGGACAGUGAGAGUAAGGUGUAACCUUGUGAGUGAAGACUUGAAAAGAGUGGUGCCGGUGGGACCCCUUAUUUUCAGGUAGUGACAUUAUCUGCAGUCACAGGUUCAUUUUCAGAACUGAGAAUAAGGAUCCUUGGUACUUAAUGGCAUCUGUUGAACUGAGCAGCAUUUCUCAUUGUGCAGAUUGCCUUUAUUCUGUCUAAAAAUGUGUGGACAAAUCGCAAAGACUUUUCAUGUGUACUAGGCUUUUUAUUUUGUUUUACUUACAAACUUCUUAACCUUGAUCUUGGUUUUUUGUGGUGAUUGUGGUGUGGUGGAAAGAGGAGUGUGGUUCUCAUUCUGCUUCUGGUUAGCUGCACAACUAGGCAAGUCACGGGACAUCUCUGAACUUACCUCUGCUAUUCUCACUAUAGAAUCACACUAGGUCACUCACACUUGAGGACUCUUCCUCAGGUACCUUCCAGGUUUGUGAUCUUUAACCCUUAAACAGUGCUUUUUUUGAUGACACACACUAUGCUUUUGGGGGAUGGGGGGUGACCAGUACAAACAUGCUGACCAGUCACUUUUACUCAUAGGACCCAAAUCCAAAGUAGUGUGGUGGUGAUUGGUCAGUGAUUGGCCAUGUGGCUAAGAAACCAUCUGCACCAACCCAGACACAGAUAGGCAGUCAGGGAGACUCGGGGGGUGGGGGGAAGAGGGAGCAAGGGGCAGACAGCUUGGCGAGAAGGGAAUGGGCCCCGAAAAAUGCUGGUUGGCUGUAGAAGUGAGGGGGCGUCUCAAAUUUGGGGAGUGUAGAAAGACUGCCAUUGAACUGUCAUGCAAUAGGAGGUGGGUGUCACUGGCUCUCUGGAAAUAAUUGGCUUUGGUCCAGUGCUUGAAAAGGCAGUGAUAUCUUCAUUUUACAGCCGAUAAGUCAAGUACAUUUUACUUAAAUGAAAGCUUUGGUGCUCUUAAAAUUAGGUACCACUUUUGAAGGCUAUCAGUGUUAGGCAGAAAAGAAAAGAAAAAAACCAGCUGUUUCUACCCCCAGAAACAUCAUUGUUGAACACUAUCUGUUCCUAUCUUAAGUUUUACACAGUGGUCGAUCCAGGUAGUUGUGAUGCUGGCUAAAUGGUGCUCAGUAGCUGAGAAUGAAAAAACCCCAGAUUUAAGUAGAGUAAUACCAUCUUGAAUGUUCCCAUGUGCUAAUGUUGCACCCAUGUGUGAAAUCUUUGGAAAUGGAAAAUAUGUAUUAGUGCACAUUGAUACACUUCUUUGGGCAAAGAUCUAUUGUUUGGUUCCACAGUUUGUACUUGAAAAGAAAGCAUAUUAAACAGACUUACCUGGCAGUAGCAGUGCUAUUCUAUUAACAUAACUAGAACUUAACAUUCACGUUAUGUCAAGUGUGUGAACCUUAGUGUAGUGUGCAUAGCAGGCAGGCAGUAAAUGUUUGGUUCCUCUUACCCCUCAGUAAUGACGUUUGGUAUUUUUGCCAUCUUCCUGCCUGCCCUUCUGACCUUGCUGAAUGAACUUUGGACCAGAGUAUUAAUGAAAUGUUACUGCAGAAGGGAUUAGGAGAAAGUUGUUAUAUCGUGCAGGUGUCAUACAAAACUUCCUUGUAACGUAAACAAUGCAGUUUUAUUAUUGCUUGUGCCUCAACUGUUUAAGUGAACAUUAAAGGGCUUGGAGAAAA